AUGACGGCCUCCCAGCUCCACGCCUGCGUCUCAACACACUUCGCCGGCAAGGGCUUCCAGCGCCUAAAGCGGCUGGCGCUGCACACCAUAGAGCCGGACGCCUGCACCUGCCUGGCCGCGCAGGUCUGGGUCGACCACGAAGAACACAUCAACCCGGCCGCGCACGCGCACGCGCACGCACACGGCGCCGCGGCGGCGGCCGCGGCGGCGGCGGCGGCGGCGGCGGCGGCGCAGCAUGCCCAGCACCUCGGCUGGCACCACCAGCAGCACGUUUACUACCAGCCGCCGCCGCAGCAGCAGCAGCAGCAGCAGCAGCAGCAGCCGCAGCAGCACCAGCCCGUCGUUGAGCGCGUCGGCCUGCUCGUCGCGCUCUGCCCCAAGCUGCAGCAGCUCUCCGUCGGCUGCGGCAGCGCGUCGGUGCUGCGCGCGAUAGAGUGCCACGAGGGCCUGCAGCAGCUGGUGGUUCACGGCCAGCCGCAGCCCUUUGCCGGCGCCGCCCCGCCGGCGGUCGCCUCCAUCGAGGGCCACACCUGGGGCCUGCUGCGCCGCGGCCUCCCGCGGCUCGCGCGGCUGUCGCUGAUGGACACGGACAGGCUGCUCGGCGGCUCCCCGUCGCCGGCGCUGCCGCUGCUCGCGCUGUCGCAGGGGCGCCAGGUCAGUGAGCUGCGGCUGAUGCGCUACUCGGCGGCGAGCGACGAGGGGCUGGCGUUCAGCGUCGCGCCGAUGGGCGGCGUGCGCGCGCUGGCACUCGGCGGUUGCACGAAAGUCACAGACAUGGGCGUAAUCUGCCUGGCCCGCCUGCCGGCGAUGGAGACCCUGAGCCUGUCCGGCUUCCCGCGCGUCACGGACGCCGGGAUUUACGCCCUGCUGAUGUCAGCGCCACGCAUCCGGAAGCUGCUCCUGUCCGACUGCCGCCGCACGACAGCGCAGGGCGUCGGGGCCGCCGCUGAGGCUGCCUCCAAGGCGCAGGGGCGCAGGAUCACCGUCGAGUGGUCGCGGCGCUGA